CAGCGGAUGGCCAUUGGAUUUUGUUCGCCAGCGGAUGGCCAUUGGAUUCUGUUCGCCAGCGGAUACUCUUCCUGUAACAUCAGUCCGGUGAAGUCAGAGGAUGUCGAUAAAAGUCAUCGCAUCCUUCAACGUUCGCUUCAUAUCCGCCGGGUUCGCCCACCACUACUCUCAGUUUGUCUGUUUCGCGUCGAGCCAAGAAGAUGCCAGGACUGAAGAAGAGGAUCCCGGUGAUCCGCCUCAAGAACGUCUCCAGUGGAGAGGAGAUCAACGACACUCUCCAUUCCUCUGUCGCCAGGGCAACAGAAUGCGGUGGAAAGGCGUGCUUGGGUUCCCUCAUGGCCAUGAACGGCCCCAGAGCCAUGACCGGCCACAUGGCAAUGCAUCCACCAGCAGAACCGAAAGACUACUCCAAGAGCAACGAGGGCCAGAGAGAACCAGAAAAAGUCCUCCGACUCGCCAGGGAAUUCAUCGACUCCUUCUACAACAGCAUCGGAAAGUUCGAUACGGAGGAUCACACGGAUCGCUGGGCGGCGAUCGAGGCGGAUGUCAUGGAGAGAGGCACCUACGACCUCACCGGGGAGGAGCUCGUCUAUGGGGCCAAGCUGGCCUGGAGGAACUCGCAACGAUGCAUUGGUCGCAUUCAGUGGACUCGACUGCAGGUCUUUGAUGCCAGGACGGUGACCACCGCGGACGGGAUGUUCAAAGCGAUCUGCAAUCACAUCGAAUACUGCACGAACAAGGGAAACAUCAGAUCGGCGAUCACCGUGUUUCCCCAGAGGACCGACGGGAAGCACGACUACAGGGUUUGGAACCAACAACUCUUCGGGUUCGCCGGAUAUCCCCAGCCGGAUGGAUCCAUCCUCGGGGACCCAAUCAACGUCGACUUCACCCAGGCAAGACUUUUGUCUCUUCCCUCGAGACGUUCCAAGAACUGUCCGCAGGGCCGUCCAUAUGGAGAGGUAUCGGGGACAAUCUGCCCAGAGCCCUGUGUAGCAAGGGGCCUCAAGGGGGCCGCCGAGGGGUCUCCGGUGUGCAUGGAGUUGGGCUGGAAGGGGAAGGGGACCGCCUUCGAUAUCCUGCCAAUGGUCCUGUCGGCGAACGGAGAGGAUCCUGAGUAUUUCGUCAUUCCCGAAGAACUUGUGCUCAUGGUCAACAUCUCUCACCCACAGUUCGAGUGGUUCAAAGAACUGGGCCUGCGGUGGUACGCCCUCCCCGCCGUGGCGGGGAUGCUCUUCGACUGCGGGGGGAUCCAGUUCCCCGGUUCUCCCUUCUCCGGAUGGUACAUGGUCACGGAAGUGGGGGCAAGGGAUCUCUGCGACCCGCAUCGUUAUAACAUCCUGGCGGACCAACAUUGGGCCGACGUACCCAAUAUUGGUCUGCGCUCAAAAUUGCCUGAUUCGGGGUUUCAAUUUUUCUCCUUCCAGGAAGUGGGGAGGAGGAUGGGACUGGACACUUCCACUCCAUCCACUCUUUGGAAGGAUCGUGCUCUUGUCGAGGUCAACGUCGCCGUCAUGCACAGUUAUCAGUCAAGCGGAGUGACCAUGAUGGACCACCACGCGGCGUCGGAGUCCUUCAUGAAACACCUGGAGAACGAGAUGAAGAGCCGAGGCGGAUGCCCAUCGGACUGG